UUGCUUCUGUGAGGUUAAGAAGAGUUGGGAUAUAUUCUGUCAAGCACGCACGUGUUAUCUUUCCAACGUGCAACCUCAACACGCCGUCUCCUCGGCCCUUUCCACGGUUGAUACCGAAGCGAAGUGUGAGCGUACUUGCUCACCACCACCAACGCGACAAUGAAUUACGCAUCAUGGAUCCAAGAGGAAAAACUCAAGAAAACCUUCAUCGUGGCCACAUUGGCGUCUACGCUUGUCGGCACGUUCACGGCGUCUAUGGGGCUAUGGGAGCGCGUCUCAGACAAGCGCCAACAGCACCGACAGAAACAGCGCGACACGAAGCAAGAUGGCGAGAUCAAGGAUCUGAAGAAGCAGUUCGAGGAGGCGCAGAAGAGAGCCGAGGGUAGACAACAGGAGAUCGAUCGGCUGAAGAACGGUGGAGGGCGCGACGACGUAGGAAACAAUUUUGAGAGGGAUGGUAUGAUGGUUCAGAGGAUGUAUGAUCAAGGUUAUGGCAGGAUGGGCAGCAGGUUCGCGCAAGGCGAUGCCAUCGUCGAGAACAAACUACAAGCGCAAAUCAUCUCCCUCCAACAAACCGUCAUAAACGUCCUCCAAGAUGCCCUAUACAACGACCGCCAACUGACCCGCGCCGACAUGUCCAAACUCAUCGCCGCCUCAAACCAAGCCAGAGAAGGCUCCAUGAUCGCCCUACAAGAAGCUCAACAACGACUAGGAGGCUCGCAAGUCGGCGCACCACCCCCACCCCGCCCCGCAUCGCCUCCGCGCUCCCUAGUCCCUUCACAACGCGCACCUAGUGCUAUCAUGCCCAUGGACGGCCCAGAGCAACUCUUCUGCCGGUACGCUCUCGAUCUACAAUACAUGCCCGGAAACCCCUUGGCAGCCUCAUUUGCCCCCGGAGGCAGCUGUGCAUGUCCCGCAUGCGGCGUUCGACUCGACGUUACCAGCGAAGACUUCUGGAUGAUAGGCAAACGGACACCUGUCACCAUCUGGGACAAGACAACUGGCUAUGAAACCGACAUCAUGGAGACACGCGAGUUCCGUCUUGCUCAGCGCUUCGUCAUCAAAUGUCACACCCCAGAUGGCGAGUACGCAUGCACAAUCUGCAGUAAGGGCAGAGACGUCGAUGCGAUCUGCCGGACAGUAGACAGCCUGGUCAAACACGUGGGAACAUACCAUGAUGUCGGCGAACUGGAACAAGAAAUUGAUCUGCGCGAGGUCAAGGUCGAAACGAAGAGGUUGAGUCUUCCUGCGUCACACCCGCCAAGUCCGCCGAGGAGCGUUCUCAGGGAAGAGAUGAUCUAUCGGUGAGUGGCUGAUAGAUAGGUGAUACCCGCGUGUUUGGGGGGUGGAUCUGUUUAUGUCACAGCAAGGCGUUGGAUUGCAAGUAUACCUUUUUCGGGACGGCGGUGGGCUGCAUGCAUGCAUAUUGCGAUUUCUUCUUUUCACGAUGUAUGAGUAAACGAUAUAACGAAAGCAAUUUAUCCCGUCAACAGUAAAGUCCUCAAUGCACAACAUAUCUUU